ACCAUGUACUUACUGUAGUUAGCCGUUGCUGUUGCAGUUGCAUCCGCAUCCGCCAUCGCAUCCUAAUCGAAGCCCAUUCUCGCCAGACUCCACAGCCUCCACAUGUACCUGUACUCGUUCCCGACCAAUCGUCCGCCCAACCACCCCACAGUCCCUGGUCAUUGGCACGCCCAUCAUGGCUUCAAGCGCAUCUGUUUUCCGUGUCUCUUAAAUGUAAGCAUCUUCAAUCUGUUGGUUCACUUAAAGCUUGGUAGCUAUAGCUUGGCCAGCGCCAGUCCAUCAGCCACACUACACAGCAACAGUCCAGUGGCGGUCAGAACUGUAGUUUAUCAGCUCUAAAACUUAGGUGUCGUCCCUUAAGAUAACGCUUAGUAUUAAUUUCAAAGGUUAAUAUUUUUAGUACAUUUAUCGCUCAUCUUGUUGCUAGUCCCCAGUGUCCCAGGUUAUCCAAAAAGUCGGUACAUUCAUUCCACUUACUCAGUCGAACUUAAUGAUCCUUAGAUUUUCCAUUGCUUGAAUCAAUAGCUAUAUUUCAGGCUACUUUGUUUCUAUAAACCGAAUUUUAAUCACAUUUACUUGUAAAACAAAAGAAUUUUGUUUAGAAUGACACUUGAUACUUGAUUUGACAAAACUGACUGAAUUUAUUUCAAAAAUAGGCAACCCUGUGCAAAAAAACAUCUAAUGAUUGACUUUCUAAAAUGAUUCCUUCCAUAAUUGCCUUGGUUUCUUGCUCUAAUCUGAUUGGACUCAAUUUAAAAAGUGGCAACCCUGAGAAAUAGGGUUGACACCUUAGCAACAGCUGAUGAAUGACUUUCGAAAAUUAAUCCUGCCAUAUUUGAACUAGUUUCUUGAUCUAGUCUUACCAAAUUUAUUUUAUAAAGUGGUAACACUUUGGAAUUGGGUUGGCACCUUAGCAACAGCUGAUGAAUGACUUCAAGAUUAAUCCUGUCAAUUGUCUUGCAACAAAAAUCAAGCAAAAUCAUGAAAGGCCUCAGUCGAGUUACCACGACAGUCGCAAAAGGAACCUAGAUUUUUUCGUCCGGCGUUUACGGGUUUUGGUCAAUUCAAUUAUUAAUAUCAAAACAAGAAUCACUAAAGGAGCCUAGGUUUUUUCGUUCGACGCUUACGGGUUACAUCAAUUCAGUUACCACACAAUCAAGAAUCAUUCCAGUGCUGCUUUCGAACAUCAGGGUCAGUAAAGUGUCCCCACUGUAAAGAAAUUCCCUCACUGCUAACAUGUUUUCAAGGUCUCUCGUUGGAAGACAAAGUUCAAGAAAAUGGCUGAUAUUGAAGAAAUUCGCCGUCCUAUUCAUGUAGUUUUGCCAUGGUUUCUACUGAUUUUCGGAGCGAUGCGCUGUUUUGAUGAAACCAAUCCACUGGAAUAUGUGUCUGUCUUUUUGCACGUCUCUUUUGCAAUGCUACUGUACUAUUUGGAACCAUAUUUUGAGAAUCUGCCAAUUCGAGGAAUUUUUACACGCGAAUUUUUGCUAUUAUGUCGUUUUUAAACCGACCGCAAAGCCAACUGUCUUGGUACAAAUUAAUAAUAAGAAUGUAAUAAAGGGAUGGCAUCAAAAUAUAUAUACCUGAGAAGGAUAUUAUCUUGAACUUGUACCUAAUUUUCUGAACUCUUUUGCUUAGUCAUCCUGUGUAGCAGGGGAUCCACUUUCCAGUCUCUUAAGAGGUCACCCUGUUUUUAGGCAGAACCCACAAUCCCCCCGUCAUCCCCGAUAAGGUCACACUUGACAAAUCAAAGCUUUAAAUACCUCAUUCGAUUCGACACUGUAAGCGGGAGUUUGGCUUGAGCUUAAGUUGCGCCUGUUGGAAAACUAGUAGAACUAUUGCAUUUUCCGCUUGAGCAAUUCUUUUUGCCUUAACUUAAUAAUACGUAGCCUAGUGCCUAGAAUCCGUAGACGGAAGCCUAGAGGCCAAGGAGCGCCAAGCCAAUCGAAUCGAAUCGAAUGAUUUGGCCGAGGCUUGCGCCCGUUGAGGUUAUGGUUGAGCUGGAGUUCGGCGGCGGUUUUGAGGAGAUGCACGAGCAGAUGUCCGGGUACAAGCGGAUGAGGCGGGAACACCAGGCGCACCUGCUCAAGCUGGAGGAGAAGUGCAAGGUGGACAUGGAGGCGCACAAGACGGCCCUGGACAAGGAGUACGACACGCUGCUGCACAAUUUUACAAGGGACCUCGAGCGGCUUGAGACCAAGCAUCAGCAGGACGUGGAGAGGCGGGCGAAGCAAACGAGCGCCGCCGAGAAGAAACUACACAAAGAGAUUACGCUGAAGCAAGAGGGCGACCGCAAGGUCUACGACCUGAACCGCAAGAAGGAGUACAAGGCGAAAAAGGAGCUGUGGAAGCGGACCCUCUCCAUGGACGAGUCGACGCCCAAGCGGCAGCGCGAUCUUACCCUGCAGUCGCAGAAGGACAACCUAAAGCAGCACGAGGCGCAGGAGGAGCAGCGCAUGCUCCAGGCCCAGAAGCAGUACAUCGAGCUGGAGAUGCGCAAGUUCAAACGCAAGCGCAUGAUCAUGCAGCACGAGCACGAGGACCAGCAGCUCCGCGACGAGCUCGGCAAGAAGGAGCAGCAGCUGGAGCAGGCGCACGCCAUGCUCCUUAAGCACCACGAAAAGACACAGGAGCUGGAGUACCGCCAGCAGAAGAGCGUGCACCAGUUGCGCGAGGAGCAGAUUAACAAGCAACACGACACAGAGUUGCACAAUCAAAAAGACUACAUGGACCGCAUCAAGAAGGAGCUGGUGCGCAAGCAUGCGGUCGAGCUGAGGCAACAGCCCAAGAGCUUGAAGCAAAAGGAGCUCCAGAUACGCAAGCAAUUCCGGGAAACAUGCAAGACGCAGACGAAGCAAUACAAACGCUACAAGGCGCAAGUUCUGCAGACGACGCCCAAGGAGCAGCAGAAGGAGGUCAUCAAGCAGCUGAAGGAGGAGAAGCAUCGCAAGCUGACGCUGUUGGGCGAGCAGUACGAGCAGAGUAUUGCGGACAUGUUCCAAAGUCAGAGCUACAAACUAGACGAAAGCCAAGUGAUCGAGUGCCAACGUACCCACGAGCAGCUGGAGUACGAGCUGGAGAUGCUCACUGCCUACCAGAACAAGAACAAGAAGCAGGCGCAGGAGCAGCGGGAUCGGGAGCGUCGGGAGCUCGAGAACCGGGUCAGCGUGCGGCGAGGUCUGCUCGAGAAUAAGAUGGACGCCGAGUUGCAGCAAUUCAGCCAGGAACGCGCCGAGCGCUUGCGCAUGAAACACGAGAAGCAUACUAAAGAAUUGCAAGCAUUUGAUAACGAAUCAAUUGCCCUAGGUUUCAGCACUUUAUCACUAAUUGAGGUAUCUCGUGAAGCCUAUGCAGAUGAGGAGGGGAGUCUGUCUGGUUCAAUGAUUAGUUUAGCCCAUAGCAAUAGUUCAACAAGUUUUCCGGCUGGUUCGCUAUAGCAUAGACAACAACAACAACAACAACCACAACAAGGCCAACCACAACAACAACAAGUGUUUAGUAAUAUAAACUACUUCAAUUUUAAUGGAAAUUAUAAAGCCAGCAGUACGACAGCAACAACAACUAGAACCCGACAAAAGCCACAAAAACCGCAGCUGAGAAAUCAACACCAACAAUAGCAAUGUUUUUGUAGGAACACCCAUUAAUAGUAGCAAUCAAUUAUCGCAUUGGUUGCCCAAGAAAAAAGGACACGAAAACCCAAGUAUUUUCUAAAAGUUACAACAAGCAAAAGCUGCAAUAGUUUUGUAUUAAAGGAAAUUCGAUUGGAGAAGGCAACAAGAUACUAACAUUUGAAACCAUUUAAUACAAGAUCAAUCAAAAACAAAGAAAACGAAAAACCAACAUAAAUAAAUAAUUAUAUAUGUAAGCAUAA